UAGAAAGCCACCACUAUCUUUAUACACGUCUCCCUUACUCUUUCCAUUCUGAAGAACCUGAUCUUGAGUGCAGGCUACCAUGAGUGUGGAGAAGAAAGCACCCAGGCAGCCAUGCUGCUCCAAACUGAAGAUGUUUCUCGUCUCCUUGGCUUUUGUCUACUUUGCCAAAGCAUUACAAGGCAGUUACAUGAAAAGCUCAGUCACACAGAUUGAGAGACGCUUUGACAUUGCCAGCUCCCAAAUUGGAUUCAUUGAUGGAAGCUUUGAAAUUGGCAACCUGUUGGUGAUCGCAUUUGUCAGUUAUUUUGGAGCAAAACUUCACAGACCCAGACUGAUUGGAGUGGGAUGUCUGAUCAUGGCUGUUGGCUCCUUCAUCACAGCCCUGCCUCACUUUCUCCAGGGACCGUACAAGUAUGAGACAACAAUCACACAUGUCACGGAGUCUAGUGAGACUGAAUCCAUUUUCCCAUGUCUUACAAAUGGGAGCCAUUCACAAGAGGAUGAAUCUAGAACAGCUGAGAGUCAAACAGAGUGUGAGAAAACGUCAGGAUCCCAUUUAUGGAUCUACGUGUUUCUGGGUAACAUGUUACGAGGGAUUGGGGAGACUCCAGUGAUGCCUCUUGGACUGUCUUACAUGGAUGACUUUGCCAGAGAAGAAAACACAGCUUUCUACAUUGCAUGUAUACAGAGUUUUGGUAUCCUGGGGCCUGUGGUUGGCUUUAUGCUGGGUUCCUUCUGCGCCAAACUCUAUGUGGAUAUUGGAGCUGUGGACUUAGACAGCAUCUCAAUUAACCACAAAGACUCACGCUGGGUGGGAGCCUGGUGGCUUGGCUUCCUGGCCAGUGGUGCUGUGAUGUUACUAGCUGGAAUCCCAUUCUGGUUCCUGCCCAGGUCAUUGCCUAAGCAAGUAGAGGGUAAUGCCAGGGAAAGCCAAGAUGUCCAUCACAGCGAGCAAGAUUCUUUUAUCCCUGUGGAGAGCAAAAACUCUCCACCAUCUGAGAAGGCUGACCCUGUCAACAUGGUUGCCAUGGCCAAAAAUUUCCUGCCAUCUUUGAGGAGGCUUUUCAGUAACACUGUUUACGUGCUUAUCAUCUGCACCGGUACGGUCCAGGUCAGCAGCUUUAUUGGGAUGAUCACAUUUAAACCCAAAUACAUGGAGCAGAUUUAUGGCCAAUCUCCAUCCAAGGGUAUCUUACUGAUAGGCAUUAUGAAUGUGCCUGCUUUGGCCUUGGGAAUCAUCUUAGGAGGCUUUGUGAUGAAAAAGUUCCAACUGAGCGUGCUUGGUGCAGCCAAGAUGACUAUUUCCACCUCUUUUCUGGCUUUUGUUCUCAUGCUGAGCCAGUACUUCCUGCACUGUGGAAAUACACAGGUGGCAGGACUCACUGUGAACUAUCAGGGUUUUCCGGACAUUUCCUCCCAGCAGCAGAGUUUGUUGUCCCAGUGUAACUCAGGGUGCUCCUGCUCUCUAAAACACUGGGACCCAGUAUGUGCCUUUAAUGGCCUGACAUAUUCCACACCCUGCCUUGCAGGCUGCCAGAGCUCCACUGGAUUCGGCAAGAAGAUGGUCUUCCACAACUGCUCAUGUAUUGCUGAGGCACCUCUGCCUAGUAGGAACAUGUCUGCCGUGUUGGGUCAGUGUCCACGCAAAGAAAACUGUGACUACAUGUUUAAGAUUUACAUGGUGGUGACUGUAAUAGGGGCCUUUAUCUCAGCCAGUGGAGCCACUCCUGGUUACAUUGUUCUUCUCAGGUCUAUCCAACCAGAGCUGAAGUCUUUGGCUCUUGGAAUGCAGAUCUUAAUAGUCAGGACCCUGGGUGGAAUCCCUCCUCCAAUAUAUUUUGGAGCUUUGAUUGACAGGACAUGUCUGAAGUGGGGAACAAAGCGAUGUGGAGGCCAAGGUGCAUGUCGACUCUACAACGCUGACACUUUUAGAAUGACUUUCUUGGGUCUCAUCUAUGGCCUGUCCUCUCUGGCCUUAUUGCUGUGGAUGCUACUAUUCAACAGACUAUCACACCGCCAACGGCAGCUGGCACUGCAAAACCAGGCCAAAGGCACAGAGCCAGAAGCCAACAACAUAGCCAGCGAUAAUGGAAAUGCCCCGUUGGCUUUUGUGAAGUGCAAGGAAGAGCUGGAUAAAGAGACCAGUAUCUGAAUUCUAAUGUGGCUAAAACAGACAUGUUCUAUAAGCUCUAUUUGUGCUGAUUACAUAAUGAAAAUUUGUACAGUGUACAGUUUGUAAUGUGAGCUGUUAUGAGCUAGGAAUUCUCUUACAAGAUUGUAUGUGGCCCUGAGAUUGCUUGUUACAACACACUUUGAAUGGACCAUUUACUUUGUAUAUUUUUCACACAGAAUUCCUUACAUUUCCCAAGAUUAGACUGUUCCAUUACCUGGUCAGUUAAACAAUCAGUAUUCUUAAAUGUGAAAUAUUUAGUAAUACCUUGUCAUAUGUUUUUGUAUCUUAAUUGUUUUAUAGAGUUCAAGAUUAUAAUGCAGUGAGAACUGAUUACAAGUGAAUAAGUGGAUUUUUACAGACAAUAUUAUUGACAUUAACUUUUAUGUUCCUUUAUAUGAUUUAAACACUGCUAUUUAACAACAUAAAGAAGUUUACUAGAAAUCUCUAGUCUUAGAAAAUGCAGAACAUUCUGUAUAACAAAGAUAACUUUGGCUAACAAGAAGUGACAAGCCCUGUACUUAUAAAGUUAAUGCCUCUAUCAAUUUAUUUUCAUGCUUCAUAUUACUAUAAUUAAUAACUUCUGUAGUAAAACUACUUUCAUCUGCAAAAGAAAAAA